UUCUCCGACUGUUCCGGCAGGAGUGCGUCUAGCUGACGCUUAUAUCAAACUGUUUGGCCUCUCGCCUGCACCGCGCAUCGCGGGCACUCCAAGUGCGCAAGCGCGACGCCAGAUCCGCGAGGGUUGCUCGGGCGGGAAAGCCAAGGCCGUGGUCGCGGAUCAUGGGCAGGUUCCCCGAGGCCGUCGCCCUGCACAGGUGCACAUCGAGGGGGGUCCGGUGUGGAUCCCCGCAGGACACCGCUUCGCUGGUCUCCCAAGGGCGCAGCGCGACGGCCGGGCAAUUGAGAGUACCCAUGGAGGGGGGGUCAAGCUCGAAUGUUUCGCGUGACCCAGCUCCGACCGACCUCUCGGGGGGCGCAGGAGAAGUGGCAGCGGCUGCGUAAUUGGCACUUUCUUCUCUAACGCAUCUCACAACUGCGGGCGACACAACAACGUGACACAUAGACCCGCCUAGUUUCAAAGGCAGGUACAUGCAACGAAACGGAGUCAGGGAAAGAGGCAGAGAGAGAGAGAGAUCCGAGAGACAACAAGAAAAUGAAAGUGAGAGAGAGAGAGAGGCGGGCGCUGUGUGUAGACCGUCCCCUAGGCACAUCUGGCCAGCGACGGCACAUAAGAGAGCCUCAGAAGGUGCGAGAAGAGAGAGAGAGAGACGGAAGAGCCCGCGCAUGAGUACAUCUGCCAGGCUUCGCCGGCGGCACUCGCACCAUUCAAAUUCGCGGACCCCGCAAAGUGGGAUAGUGCACUGAAAAUGUUUGAGCUACGUGACAGACUGCAGGUGGUGUAAACAAAGCCUUGUAAGCUGUGCGAUGUCUUGCGAGGUGUGCGGUGCAAGCUGCGAGCCCCUCCCCCAAUCGGGCCACUGUGCUGGAACACGCCGCACGUUCCUGAAUCGGGUUGCUCGGCUGAGAUUGCCCUCGGAGGAGCGGACCGCAGCGCCCUGCGAGACGACUCCGAAGGACGCCGCCGCCUCUGAGGCCGUCGGAGACCUUCUCCACCCUGACUCGGACUCGGACUCGGACUCGGCUCCGCGCGCGUGGCGCCUUGAAGGAGCGGCGGAGGGGGGCGCCGAGGCGCCAGCUUGGAAGAAGUUGACAAACAAACGCGUGCAUGUAAAAAUUAGGCACGGGAAGCGUCAGGAGGAGGAGGAGGAGGAGGAGGAGGAGGAGGGAGGAGGAGGAGGAGGAGGAGGAGGAGGAGGGGAAGAAGGGACGGGCGGCAACAUCACUUCUCCACACUGGCCGCCUCCAACUCAGGAUCGACCGCCUCCAACAUCGGAUCGGCCUCUUCGUCCGCGCUCGAGCCUGCCCAACCCUGGCCGCCUCCAUCUCCAGAUCCACCGCUUUCUCCCCCUUCUUCGGCAUGGACAUCAAGUUAAAGGCGGAGAACGAUGCGACGCACAAGAUUGCCGUGGUCACCGUGAACGUGGUCGAGAUGCUGAAGUUCAUCAGGAGAGGCAACAGGACGAGAACGUUCAGAGGCAGCCGGUAGAUGUUGUAGAUUGUUGACCUCAUGUCUUCGGGCACGAUGUCGCCUUUCAGGGUGCCCAUCAUCGGGAAAUACAGUCCCACGCAGGCCUCGAACACGAGGAACGCGACGAAUCGGACCAUGACGUCCUGGAAGAGGAAGGCGACCAUAUGGCAUACGCCCGACACGAUCAUCACCAUCAACCCGAUCUGCUCCACAGAAAACGACCCCGAGAGGUAGGCGUACACGCGCGUUCCGAGCAGGCAGAAGAUCAUGAAGCCGCUGAAGAUGUGGCCGAAUGGCGGGACCGGCUGAUCGGGCUCCAUCAGGCACGGGGUCCAGUUGAACACGAAGAUGAACAUCGAGGACUCGAAGGAGCUACAGAUGAGGCCGCACAGCGUGAUCCUCCUGUCCGACAGGAUCGCGUCGAAGGCCCUCGAGAAAUUGCCUCCCGCCUGCCCGCCGCUCUCGCCGUAGUUCUCUGACCAGCUGCUCGCGACGUAGAACAUGCAGAGCACGAGAACGACGUUGGCCAGAUCGAAGGGCGCGAUCCUCCGUAAUAAAAGCCGCCCCCGACCUCAGUGAGCGGAAGAAGAUUGGCGGCCACCUCGCCCAGCUGCCCGGCAGCGAUCGCCGCCACGCUGCUGCCAAAGUACGCCAGAGAGAACGUGCUGCCGAGCUGCUCGCCGCUGAACCCAUGCCGCUGCGACUCCGACACGAGCCAGGAGUCGAACACACUGAACAGCAGCGAGGUGGAGAUGCCGCCCAGAAUUCGGCCGACCAGCAGCAUACCAAAUGCGCCGAAAUGUUUGGUCGCACAGUGCGCGACUGUAUAAACCAUGCAAUACAGAAUGGUGAACUUGCGCCGCCCAAACUUGUCCGCGAAUGAGCCUACGACGGUGCCGAAGAAGGCGGAGGCACCAAACCCCGCGACGAACAGGUACCCGUUGUGCUCGCGGUCGAUGCCGUAGCCCUGGUACAGGGCGUAAACGAAAGGGCCCUGCAGCCAGUCUGCCAGCAUCGCGAGCAGAAACCCGGGCAGAUACAGCCGCUGGAAGCGGGCGAGCUCGUCCCUGCCCGUAAAGAGACCCCUGAUGCCGUCCAUCUGCUUGCUGUCCGUGCCAAUCACAGCGAUGGCCGCCCCCAGUCCCAGGAGGAUGCUUCCAUAUAUUAGUUGAUGCGGCAGCAUUCUGGUCGGCGAGUCGUGGUUACCCGCGGCCCCGCCGGAAAAACAGCUCCGACUCUGGGUCGCCCUCUUCGCGGCAGCUUCGAGCCACCACUGUAUUACCAGGAUGGCUGCCAGACUCUGUC